AGUUCUCGUUCGAAAAAGUUUUGGUGAUUACUCGACAGUGUGUUUGAUUCUAAUACCAAAAAAAAUGAUAGAAGCGUCGUGUGCCAAAACGAUAAUUCGAUAAUAAUGAUAAAACAAUAAUAAUAAUCGUGCAAUUUAUACAAAAUUAUUCGAUAACGAUCAUAAAUGAUUUAUAGUAAAAAUGACAGUUUAAAGACAUUCCAAUUAUUAUUUCAAAUUUAAUGAUGUCUGUUAACAAAAUCUUUUAUUAUAUAACGCUGCAUUGUAAUAUUAUGGUAAUUUAUCCACAAAAAUAAUAUUGAUACGAAGCAACUGAAGAUUUGCUACAUAUGAAUAUUGGAGAAAUCGAUGUAAUAUAGACAAUAAGAUUCUGCACUUCUGCUGCAUAAUAUAUAUUUUUGAAGCAAAUUGAUCAUAUACUUGCAUUCUUUUGAGGUUAAAUUUUUAAUUCUUAAUUUCUUUUCUUAAUUCUUAAUUCUUAAUUUUUAAUUUUUAAUUUCUCGGCGAGUAAAUAAGAGAAAAGUAAAUAAACAAAAAAAUUUAUGAUUAAAGUGAAAUUAAUGAUAUACCAAUGAAAAUAUAUUAUAAAAACAUUUAUUAGUUUUUUCAAAUUAUUUAAAAAGUUUCGAUCGGUGAGAAUUGAACGAUUAUGGAUCGAUUAAAUCCGUUCAAUUAAUCGUAUCGUGAGUAAAGCGCGGUGAAUGAUUAUAAACUUCAGUUUUUGUGCACGCUUCAUCAGCUGAUUGUCGUGUCCUUGAGAGCAUCAUACUUCGUUAAAAAUGGACGUGCAAACUGAGUCUCGAUUCUUUGCACUCACGCCUCACAUUCACCGGAUAUUUAAGUGACCUGCUUCAAGAUUGCAAACGAUGCCCGUGAACGCGACAGCAGGCAGCACACUUCCGGACGAGGAAUUCCAUCGAAUAAUAAUGGAGAGGGAGCAAGAAUGUUUGCAACUCCAAGCAAUGAAUUCAACCCCGCCAUCAGAGCCAUACUGUCGGUUGACCUUUGAUGGAUGGUCCUGCUGGCCUAAUACUCCAGCAGGAGUCACUGCAUACGUCUCUUGCCCAAAUUUCAUCACUGGUUUCGACACUUCUUUGAAAGCACAUAAAUAUUGUGAAUUAAACGGCACUUGGUUUCGACAUCCAGAAUCUGGUCAAGUCUGGAGUAAUUAUACGACUUGUGUCAAUUUAAAAGACCUCAGUUGGCAACAAGGAAUUAAUGGACUUUAUGAGGCUGGAUAUGCAAUAUCAUUGAUAGCAUUAUUACUUUCAUUAGGUAUUCUAACAUAUUUCCGCUCCCUGAGGUGUGCAAGGAUCACUCUUCAUAUGAACCUGUUCGCCUCUUUUGCUGUAAAUAAUGCUCUAUGGCUGGUAUGGUAUAGAUGCAUCGUAGCGAAUACGGAUUUACUGUUGAACAAUGGGAUGACAUGUCGGCUGUUGCAUAUUAUUCUUCAUUACUUUCUUCUUACUAAUUAUGCAUGGAUGUUGUGCGAAGGUUUUUAUCUACACACUCUGCUUGUCAGUGCGUUCACAAGCGAACAAAAAUUAGUAAAAUGGUUGAUGAUUCUUGGUUGGCCCGUACCUGCAAUCAUCGUCACGAUUUAUGCCUGUUUAAGAGCGACUAGCAAUGAUCUUACGGACACUGAACAAUGUUGGAUCAAUGAGGGUAAUUACAUGAACGUACUGGUUUAUCCAGUAUGCGUUUCCACCUUAUUGAAUGUACUUUUUCUCUUCAAUAUCGUUCGAGUUCUAUUAAUGAAGUUGAGAGCUGGUCCUAGCAUUGGUACACAACCUUCGAGAUCUAUGCGUCAAGCAUUUCGGGCAACAUUACUUCUUGUACCUCUUUUGGGUUUACAUUAUCUUGUCAUACCCUUCAGGCCACCGAAAAAUCAUCCUUGGGAGCAUUUCUAUGAGGUUCUUUCCGCUAUAACAGCUUCUUUUCAGGGUCUCUGUGUGGCCGUUUUAUUUUGUUUCUGUAACGGUGAGGUGAUAGCGCAAUUUAAGAGAAAAUGGGAGGGCUCAGCCUUCUUGCGGAAUCGAGCCAAUUCUUGUACAGCCACCACCGUCUCGUUUAUCCGAUCGACCGCAGGUCCGAUGUCGGGAGAGGAAACGGUGUGACUAUCAAUUGUCCACGCAGGAAAUUCUGGACGAAAAACGAGCCGUGGACAAUAAUCAACUAACUAUGCAACUAUUCCUGUCGCUUCUAUUCCUGUUUUCAAAAGUGACGAUAAUUACGCCAGAAUGCUUAUUAAGUUGAUCGAUGUAUCCGAUAAUGAACAGAUACAGUGUUGACAAUAUUGAUUGUUGACGAAGAAGAAUUUAAGACUAUUUAUACCAGGAAAGCAAAAUCAUUGAGCGAAGAUCAAAGACGGUUUCAAGAGAUCAAAAAAUAUAAUUCUGCAGAGAUGUUUUACGAAGAUGUUAUCUAUGAUUUGUUGAAAAUUAAAAAAUGUUUUCACGAAGAAUAAGAUUUUAAUGAAGAAGAGACUGUUUUGAUGAUGAACAUUGUUUGAUUUUGAAAAUGAAAAUAUUGAGAAUUAAUAUAAAAGGUGAUUAAUAUAAAAGAAAGGAAGUUUUAAUUAUAAAAAUGUCAAAUAAUAUUUUGGAAAAUAAUAACAAUACUAUUUUUUCG